CAACCGUUCAACAGACCCGCGAAUCCCGGGAAGCUGCUGCAGCGGGUCUGUGGCGUUCACUGGGGUCUGCCCGCGGCCACAGUAUUCUAAAUUAUGACUUCUCCAGAGAAGACAGAGGAACAUCCUUUUGUGGAUAUAUUUAAUGAAGAUGAAGCUGAACAAAACUUUUUGUUGUCUAAACCUGUUUGCUUUGUUAUAUUUGGAAAACCAGGAGUUGGGAAGACAACAUUGGCUCAUCACAUAGCACAGGCAUGGAAAUGUAUUCGUGUGGAAGCUUUGUCAGUUUUAGAAGAACAUAUUGCCAAUGAGACAACAUCAGGAAAGAUGUUGCAAUCCAUGCUGCUAACUGGUCACAACAUUCCAGAUGAACUUGUCACAAAGCUUAUGAUAGAGAAGCUCAACUCCGUAGAAGUCUCUCACUUUGGUUAUGUCAUCACUGAAAUACCAUCACUUUCAGAGCAGGCCAUGACUAUUUUGCAGCAAGUAGAACUGCUUAAAAACCUAAAUUUGAAGCCUGAUAUUAUAAUCAAUAUUAAGUGUCCUGACUUCGAUUUGUGCCAGAGAGUUUCUGGGCAAAGGCAGCACUGUAACACUGGGCACAUAUAUACAAGAGAUCAGUGGGAUCCUGAGUUUAUUGAGAAUCGUAGGAAGAAGAGGAAAGAAGCCCAAAAAGAAAAAAAAGUGGAAGAGGAAGGGGAAGAAGAAGAAGAAGAAGAAGAAGAGGCGUUUAUUGCCGAAAUGCAGAUGGUGGCUGAAAUUCUUCAACAUCUAGUGCAAAGACCUGAGGACUAUUUGGAAAAUAUUGAGCAUGUUACUAAAGUUUAUAAGGAAACAGUUCUUCCUUCUUUAGAAGAAAUAAUGGCUGAACAUAAUUCCCAGUAUCUCAUUGAACUAGAUGGAAAUAAACUCCCAGAAGAUCACUUCUUGGUAAUUAUAGAUCGACUUAAAUAUCUGAACCUAAAACGAGCAGCAAUUAUCACCAAACUUCAGGGUGCAGAGGAAGAGAUGAAUGACGUAAUGGAAAAUGAAGAGGUGUUCCGUUCUCUUGCAUCUUAUAAACUUAUUGCACCGAGAUAUAGAUGGAGAAGAAGCAAAUGGGGACGUACCUGUCCUGUGUCUUUAAAAGAAGGUAAUAUUUAUCCAGGAUUGUCAGAUUUUUCCGUGAGUUUUCUAGGUAAAAUAUACUGUAAUUCAUCAGAAGACGCAUUAAAGUCAUUUUCGUUGAAUCCACGCCCCUAUCUUCUCCCACCGAUGCCAGUACCACCAUGUAAAAUAUUCAUAUAUGGACCUCAGUCUUCAGGGAAAACAACACUUAGCAAUCUGCUUGCAGAACAUUACAAAGGAAAGGUAAUUGAUUACACUAAACUUGUUCAACCACGUUUUGAUAAUGCCCUUGAAGUGUUAAUAAAUGAUACCAUAGCUGCAGCCACUGAAGAAGCUAUUAAAGUUGUGAAAGAACGGCUUGCCAUAGAACUACAAGCUAAAAAACUAGCCCAGCCAACUCCAAGAAUAUUUACAAGAGAACUUGAAAAGAGAGAUAAUUACGAAUCCCGAUCUGACAUAGACAAAAGCAUGGAUGAGUUGAGUUUUGCACAGUAUGAAGAUGCUUUGACACCCUCUUCCCAAAGAGAAAGUAUGGACAGUGAAGAAAGCAAAAUACCAUUAGAACAUGACCAUCAAGAUGUUAAAACUGAUAAAAAAGACAUCCCUAUAAUGUCACAUGAAGAAAGUUCUCCAGAUCUAAUGUCCAAAUCAAAAACAGAUUCAAUAGAAGACUUAAUCGAAACGGUAACUGCAGAUCAUCCAGAGGUCCUUUCCAUGAUAGAGGAAACGAUAGCAAUGACAAAGGACAUGAACUUUGAACAACCAUAUGAAAAAUGUGCUGAAAUCUUAGAGGAAAUACUCAAAGAAGUGACAGAAGAAAAUAAGAAUAGGUUUCAUGGUGCCCCCACAUAUGGAGGGUGGAUAUUGGACAAUUGCCCUGUUAUAAAAGAACUGUGGACAACCUUAAAUGAAAAAGGAAUUAUACCUGAUUUAGUUAUUGUUUUAUCAAAUGCGGAAAACAAUGGAAAAUACUUAUUAAAUAGAACAUAUUUACAGAAUAAAUCCGAAAUUGACUCCAGUAUUUUAGAAAGAUUAGUUGAUGAACUACAAAAGCAAAGAACAGAGGAAGAAGCAGCAAGAAAAGCCACAGAAGAGGCACGGAGACUAGAAGAACAAAAUCAGAGACUAAUGGACGCUAUGAACGAGAAGGCCAAAGAAGAAGAGAAUGACACUGAGGUUGAAGAGGAUAUGGAAGGUGAAGAAUCUGAAGUUCAAGAAGUGGCUGAAACCCCUGAUAUAGCUGAGGAGACCAAGGGACCUUUACCUGAAGAGCCUGAAGUUUCUGAGACCCCUGAGCCAGAGCAAGAAUCAGGACCUGAACCUGUUGAGAAUUCUGCAGUUGAAACAGAAAUUCCAAAAGAAACCAAUGAGGUGCUGGAAACUGAAGAAUUACUUCAAGCAGUUGUACUUCCUGAGUUUCCAGAAGAUGCUUAUCCUGAUGUUCCUGAAAUGGAACCAUUUAAAGACCACAUCAAAUCUUUCAUCUCCUCUUGGAGCCUUAUGGAAACAGUAAUCACUGACUCUUUUACUCAGAUUUUAAACUUGGAGAUUGCAGAUAAGUCUCCAGAGGAGCUACUUCAAAAAGUAAUCGAGACUAUGGAAAAACCUUUUCAAUAUGUUGCCUGGGAGUUAACCAUUGAUGAUUAUGAAGAAGAAACGGAAGACUAUCAGGCCGAAGCAGAAGUUGAGGAGGACUUAGAAGAGGAAGAAGAGGAAGAGGAAGAGGUACGAGUUAAAGAGAAGAAAAGGCAUUUGGGAGAUUCAAAGCAUUUUUGUCCAGUGGUUCUCAAAGAAAACUUCAUCCUACAACCAGGCAACAUAGAUGAAGCAGUUAAAUAUAGGGAAAAGAUCUAUUACUUUUCAUCUCCUGAGGCUAAAGAAAAGUUUUUGGAGCAUCCUGAGGAAUAUGUGGCUCAUAAAGAGCCACUAAAGGCUCCUCCACUAAGAAUAUGCCUCCUAGGCCCCCAUGGCUCUGGAAAAACUGUCUGUGGAAGACAAUUGGCAGAAAAAUUAGGGAUUUUUCACAUUCAGUUUGAAGAAUUUCUUCAAGAAAAACUAAUGGUCAAACUUGAAAAGAAAGUUGGACCUGAAUAUGAAGAAGAGUCUGAGGAAGAACAAUUCGCAAAAGAAGAAAUUGAAGAGCUUGCAAUUCAAGCAAACAUUACACUCAAGGAUGACAAUCCAAAGAAGCCGACUCCAGAAGUACAACUUACUGAAGAAGAAGAAGCAAUAAAAGCAAGCAUAAUGGAAAAUGAGUCAUUGCCUCCUGAAAUUCUUGAAACUAUUCUUUCUGAAUGGUGGCUUAAGGAACCAAUACGUUCCACAGGUUUUAUAUUAGAUGGUUUCCCACGAUAUCUUGAUGAGAUCCAGUUUCUGGGGGAACAUGGGUUUUUCCCAGAUGCUGCUGUUUUUAUACAAGUUGAUGAUCAAGAUAUUUCUGAUCGCCUUCUUCCUUCCCAAAUUAAAAAGUGGAAACUGAAACAAAAGAAGAAAUUAGAAAGGAAAAACAUAAUCAAAGAAAUGAAAGCAAAAAUCAAGAAUGAUAGGAUUUCUAGAAGGAGGGCAGAACUCAUAGCAGAGAGAGAGGGCAAAAGGAAAGAUAAUUUCAUUAGAGACGAUGAUGAAUUUAGUGAAGAAGACCUUGAAGAUGAUGAUGAUAUUGAAAACAUCCUUGAAGAUGAGUUUCCAAAAGAUGAGGAAGCGAUGAGUGAGGAAGAGGAAGAGCAGGAAAUUGAUGCACUUGAACGCCUGAGAGGUGAACUUGGAGAAAAAUUCGAAGCAGAUAUGGCAAACUUACAAAUACUACAGGAUGAAUUUGAGAAGUUUUUGAUACCAGUAAUUUUCAUUAAUGGAGCUCGGAAGAUGCACAUUGUACAAUAUGCCUUAAAUAUGAAGCUGAAAUCACUGGUGGAGAAUCGUGCAAGCAUUUUUGAGAAAUGUUAUCCAAUAUCAUCACACCUUGCCCAGAAAAUGCUCAGUUUUACCUAUAAGUAUAUAAGCUCUUUUGGCUACUGGGACCCUGUAAAGCUAAGUGAAGGAGAGACAAUUAAGCCAAUUGAAAGUCCAGAGAAUCCACUGUAUCCUGUAAUCCAUCGUCAGUACAUUUAUUUUUUAUCUAGUAAGGAAACCAGAGAAAAAUUUAUGAAGAACCCAAUCAAAUAUAUCCGCCAACCCAAACCUAAGCCUGCGAUGCCCAUUAGGAUUGCAAUUGUGGGACCACCAAAAUCUGGGAGAACUACAGUUGCCCAAAAACUGGCAAGUCAAUAUGGUUUAAAGCGUUUGUCAGUAGGAGAUGCUUUGCGUUAUAUAUUAAACAACCAACCAGACACAGAACUGGCAAUUAUGUUAAAGUGGCAUCUUCAUAAAGGAAUGACAGUACCUGAUGAACUAGCUAUUCAAGCCCUGGAAAUAUCUCUGAUGGAAAGUGUAUGCAAUACUGUAGGUGUUGUCAUUGAUGGAUACCCUGUAACUUACCAUCAAGUCAGUAUCUUGGAAGCCAGGUCCAUCAUCCCAAUGGUCAUCUUUGAGUUGAAUGUGCCUUCCAAAGAGAUUUUCAAAAGACUGUUCCUGGAAAAAAAAAAGGGACCAAGUUUGCCUUAUCCAUUGCACAACAGUGCACAAAUUAUAGCAGUCAAGAACUCAAGGUACAAUAAAAAUAUUGAUGAAAUUAGGCAAUAUUAUGAAAAACAGCAUCAGAACUGGUAUGUGAUUGAUGGAUUCCACAGCAAAUGGUGGGUAUGGAAUGAAGUCAUUAAGAAGAUUCAAAUGGUGAAUGGGUAUAUACAGAUAUAUCUGGAAAGAAUACAAGCAGGAAAAGCUGCCCACAUCGACAAGUUAUGUAUCACACCUCAGGAGCUUGCUUCUCGUCUGGGUGAAUUUGGACAGUUCUGCCCUGUCAGCCUGGCAGAAUCAUAUGAAUUAAUUGACUGCUCUGAAACUGAGUCCUUGGAAUUUGCAGCUGAGUUCAGAGGACACUAUUACAAAAUGAGUUCUCAAGAAAAACUGAAUAAAUUUUUGGAGAACCCAGAAUUAUAUGUGCCUCCAUUAGCCCCUCAUCCGCUCCCAUCUGCCAACAUGAUGCCCAAAAAGCUGACGCUGUCAGAACUGAAGAGUCGAUUCCCAAAGUGUGCUGAGCUCCAGGGCUACUGCCCCGUGACCUACGAGGAUGGAAAGCAAAGAUAUGAAGCCCUAGUACCUGGUAGCAUUAACUAUGCUUUAGAAUACCGUGAUCGUAUAUAUAUUUGUGAGAGUAAGGAAAAACUCGAGAAAUUUUUGAGAUUUCCACUGAAAUACUGGAACCAGAGGCUUCCAUAUAAACUUCCUCCACUAAAGGAACCAAUACCUCUUACUAGUCUUCCUUUGCCUGGUUAUCUGGAGCAGGGCAUUGCAACUUCUCUGAUUAAAGCGAUGAAUGCAGCAGGAUGCAUAAAGCCCAAGUUCCCUUUCUUAAGUGUAAAAAGAUCUGUGCUACUCUUUAUAGCACUUCAUCUAAAAGCCUUUAAUCCCAAAGGUUCUGAAUAUUCAAGAAAAAAGUACAAGAAGAAGAUGGAGCUUUUUAUAGAGAGGUGUGAACUCAUCACUUACCUGAGCUCCAAGAUGACCAAAAAAUACAAGGAACCUCAGUUUAGAGCCAUUGACUUUGAUCGUAAAUUACAGACCUUUGUCUCUCUCAGAAAUAUAGACCCAAUUAAUGAAUAG